UGACUGAAGGCUGAUGGUGGUUAGUGCUAGAUUGGGGAAAUCUGACUUCUGUCCUCCAGUUGUUAGGACAAAAGCAGGGAGAACCAGGGGCUCCUUCCCAAGGGCUUUGGGCUCCUGCCUCUUGACUGAUGCCUUCCAAGAAGAGGGAAUGCUUGCCAGGACUUUCCUUUGAUGCUCUCGCAUUUCCUUUUCAGUGGGUUUACUGAAGAAAUUACUGAUGCAGCAGCUUGGCAUGUCUGAGCAAGUGUCCCUUGAAGACUGGCAUCCUUUUUCUGACCAUGGAAGAGAUCUGUCAGGGCCCCUCGAGGAGAACAUUGUCAGGAGAGGACUUCAGUACUCAGAUAACAAUGACACUACCCUGUCCGGGCCUGGAAGGACACCCAUGGGGACAAAAACAAAUGACUUUGAACUUAGUUGUGAUAAAUGGCCUUCAAACGAAUUGGUCUCUCCAGGGGACCCUGUGUUGCACAGCAGGCAGUUGAUGGACCCCUUGAGGACAAACGCAGAACCCCCAGCCAAGGAACUGGAAGGAGGAGGAACCAGUGCUGCGGAUGAUGGUGGGGAGCACUUUUUUGAUGCUCAGGAAGCUCACAGUGAAGGGAACCCAUCAGAAGGUGGUGUGGUAGAUGGGAAGGAGGUAGAAGAGGUGCAGCUACGGAUCUCAGGAAAUUAUUUGAUCCUUGAUGGAUAUGGCACAGUACAGGAGAGCUCCACCGACGAAGAGGUCACUUCGCUGGUUCUACAGUGCACUGCAGACAGAAGCGCAACAGACUCUGCCCACCAGCAGCCCAGGUCUCGGGAUGACCAGCCUGUUACAGCCAGCUCACCAUUUGCAGAGGAAUUGCUGGCCUCCCACUGGCAAGCUGCCAAGGAAUCCAGUUCAGAUGCAUUAAGGGCUUCCUUCUCUGUCGAGUCGCGUACCCUGAUGAUGCGUUACAUCCAGAACAUAGAGGCCAGCCUUCAGCGUUUGAAGAUUCUGCUUUUAAAGAAAAACACAAGACUACAAUCUGAAAAUACUCUUUGGAAAGGAAAGUGCAAAAACCAACCAACCAACAAAAGGACAGCCACCAUAAGACAGAUCAAAUAUCCUGUAUUUUUAACUGAUCAUGUUUGAAUGUCUAAGGAAAAAAAAGAAUUUAUUGUUCUAAUUAUCCAGAUGUAUGUAUGUUUGUAAAAUAGCUCUUAUUAGCUGAUAAGGUUGUAUGUUUUUGGAACAAAAUAUUGAUCAUUAAAAAAAGUAUUGAGUUUUA